GCAAUUAAACAGUCACUGAUCUGCGUGUGUAGGAUAUGAGUGAUUGAAGAAUUGCUUCCAUGCCACGAUCUUUCAUCACGUGGUACGUUUUACGAUUUAUCCUCAUCCAAUUUCACUGGAAUUCCGCAACGUAGUCUCUCUAACCGCAGAGCUCGCCCUCGUUCAGCGCUGCGCAUCACAUUCCUCGCAGCAGAAUGUGCUCUCACACAUUGAUGCCACGGAUCCAUCUAAGGGUUUUGCUUUCGUUUUAAGUUCACCUGGUCUGAUGUGUUCCUCUAUAGUGUCAUUUGGGAGAGGAUGUUGCUUCUCACUUAUGCAACUUUGCUUGGAAUUUUCCUCAAAACAGGUUAUGCUCUCCAGAUCCAGUGUUACCAGUGUGAGGAGGUGAAGAACAAUGAAUGCUCCACGCCGGAGUUCAUUGUCAACUGCACGGUCAACGUGCAGGACAUGUGUCAGAAAGAGGUACUGGUGAAGAAGGAUGGCAUAUUUUACCGCAAGUCCUGUGCCUCGUCCGGGGCAUGCCUCAUAUCCUCAUCAGGCUAUCAGCAGUUCUGCACUGGAAGGAUCAACUCUGUGUGCAUCUCCUGCUGUAACACACCGCUCUGCAAUGGGCCCCGGAAGAAGAACCGCCCGGUCCCAUCCGCCGCAACAUCUUCAAUUUCCUCCCUUCUUUUUCUUCUGGUGUCCCUCUCGCUGGUCUCCCUCUCUCUGGCAUAGACCUAGAGGCGUCCAUUUGUCCCCUCCUCUACCCGAAGAUAACACUAGAGUAUUAUGAGAGUACAUAACCAUACGUAGUGUAUUGGCUACAUCAGACUCUAGUGUCAUCUUUGGAGAGGAAUCCCAUACAUAA